UAAUUAAUUUUAAGGUAAUUUCAAAGAGUUAUGCAACAUGUAUGUAAAAUCAGUACCUGGAUUUCAAAAUAUGCAUAACCGGCAUGUUAAUUAUACUAGUUGGAAAAUCCAUGAUGAAAUUAUUCAAUUAUGCGCCGAUGAAGUUAAUGAAAUUAUUGUAAAUGAGGUUUCUUCUGUUGGAUUUUUGCUCUGAUGUGUGAUGAAGCAAGGUAAUUUUAAUAAUAUAGUCUUGCAUGUAGGAUUAAUAUUUAAUAUUCAUUUAUUUUUAGUAAAAACUUAAUGUUUUAGAUGCCAUAAAGAAGAGCAAUUAUCUAUAUGUAUUAGAUACACAGUUGAGUUAAAUAUUCAUGAACGGUUUUUAGGGUUUGUUGAUGUGUCUAGUGGUCAAAAGGCAGACCAGAUUGUAACAACCAUAUUUAAAUUUUUUAAAAAACAAAAAAAUAGUCUACAACAUGUAAAUAUUGUAGCACAGUCAUAUGAUGGUGCCAGUGUAAUGUCUGGUCAAUUAAAUGGUGUACAAACUAAAAUAAAAGAGCACCAUCCAACUGCCGUUUACAUACAUUGUAUUUCACACCGUUUAAAUUUAGUUGUUGUGGAUGUAUGUACAUCAAUUAAGGUAUAACAUUUAGAAUUUUUUAUUAAAUAUAUUAACAAAUAGUGUAAUAUUAUGUAUUUAAAUUUUUAUUUAGGAGGCUCGUAAUGUAUUCAAUACCCUUGAAGCGGUAUAUGUUCACUUUUCAAAGCCUACAAACAAUAUUAAAUUAUGUGAAGUACAAACAAAAUUAGGUUUGAAAAAAGGUUCUAUAAUGAGGGUUUGCGAUACUCGUUGGGUUUGUCGGUUCAAAAAUUGUAAAGCCAUCAUUGAAAACUAUGUUGCUAUUGUUGAUACACUUCAGAUCGAAAUUGAGGAUCAAUCUGAUAAGAAUGUGCCUCAAGCAAUAGGUAAUUGUUAUUUUCAACUAUAUAAAUACAAAUAUAAUUUUUCUCUUUAAUAGUUUAAUUAUUAAAAACUGUUUAUAAUAGGAAUUCUUACUUCAAUAGGAAGAAGUGAAUUUAUUGUUUUAGUUUUUAUUCUCCAUGAGGUAUUAGCUAUAAUAAAUGUAUUGAGCAACCAACUACAGAAUACUAACACUACAUUAGGAAAGUCAGUAAAUAUUAUUAAUGGAGUUAUAUCAACAUUCAAAAGCCUAAGAUCUGAUGAGUCGUUUAGUAACCUUUAGACAAGAAUUGAACAAUUUUCUGAGGAAAAUGAAAUAGAUCUUCAAAUUCCAACCACAGGUAUAUUUUUUGUCUUGUAUAUUUAAUUGUAUAUAAAAAAUUUAUAAAAACAAAUUAUAGCUUGAUAGGUACUUAAUAUGUUUUGUUUAGGAUCAAAACGUAAACGAAAUCAUCCAAAUAAAUUGAACGAUUUUGCUUUAUUUACCAAUACUAGUGCUCAACAUGAACCAGUAGAUAAGGAUAUUGCAGUUAAUAUUUAUUGGAGACAAACAACUUAUAUGCGUGUAAAUGAUCAAGUGAUAACUAAUUUAGAAAAGAGGUUCUCAGCUGAAAACUUACAGUUAGCAAUAUCAAUAAAUAACUUUUUAAGUCUUGAUUUUGAAAAUGGCAUGCUUUUUAUAAACCACUAUAAAGUAAUUAUAAAUUAUAAUAUUAUGAAAAUAUAAAAUUGUGUAACCCUACUAUAUUUUAUGCAGGACCUUUUAGGAGUAUGCAUUAAUAGUUUAAAGGCAGAAAUAAUUGUUCUAAAAAAAUGUUUACCCACUAAUUACAAUUUUGAAUUUUUAUAUUAAAUACUUUAAAAAAUUUAUCUGCUUUUUAUCUAGAUAAAUUCUGAUUAUCUUUUAUCUAUUAAAUAGAUAAUUUUAGUUGAGUUUAUUUUUAUCUUUAUCUUUAUCUAGAUGAAAAAAAAAUUAUCUGGGCUCAACACUCAUUAUUACUUAUCAUUAUUAUUAUAACCCUAUUAUUGUAAUUAUUUAUCAUUAUGAAUUAUUCUUAACUAUAUAAAAUGAACUCUGUAAUUAUACUGUAUAACUAUGUACCAUAUUAUAUAUCAGGGGUAGCCAGCAAGAAGAGACUCGCGAGCCACCAAAUAUAUUAAUAAAUAUGGAAGAGCCAAAAUGUAAAAAAAAAGGUCAUAUUAUUAUAUAAUUUGUAUAUAUAUAUAUAUAUGUGAUAUUGUAAAUAAGAUAAGGUAUCGUAUUUAAUAAAAUGUGAAGAAUACGAUAACAAUAAUUGUACAAUAAUCUCAAAUUAAAUUUUAUCUUCAAAAAUACCAUAAAUAUAAAAAUAUAUAGACAUAGACACACAUGGAUAAUGGAUAUUAUGUCUUCAUAGUGCUUUUUGACGUUGUGCGUGUAACAACAUAACAUUAAUAAAAUAAUUAUUAUGUCUAAGAAACGCAAGUAUGAAGAACACAGAGAAUUCAAAUUACAAUGGGAAAAAGAGUAAUUUUUCAUAGAACGAAACAGUAAACCAUUUUGUCUCAUCUGUCAAUCCCAACUAUCACAAUUUAAGGUUAGUAACUUAAAACUGCGUUAACAACAUAUAGUCCUGAUUUUAAAAAGCUUACAAGCAAAAUAAACACGCAACAAAUAAGAAAAUAGUCUAUAAAGAAAAAUGAUAUCAGGAACACUUUAUUUUUACACAUUUUUUUCUAUACACUGUAAUUUAAUAAAAUAUUAUAUUUUUUCAAAUACAUAAAUUCAUAUUUUCAAAUUUUUUGUANAUUUAACAAAAAACAUUAUAGAUGUUAUUUCCAUUUUAAAACCGGAAGAUAAAAAAUUAAUAAAUAUGGUUGAAAAUAUUUCGAAUAGUAGAAAUACUAUGGAAAGACAUAUUUCAAUGAUAAGUUCAGAUAUUUUCUCUAAUUUACAAAAUGAAAUUGCUAAUUGUUCUGCAUUAAGUUUAGCGUUAGAUGAAUGUACAUUCAGGAUAAACCACAGUUAGCUAUUUUUAUACAUUAUGUGACGAUGAAUAUGGAAGUGAAAGAAGAAUUAUUAGAUCUUAUAUUAGAUCUCUUAAAGAAACUACUAGAGGUUGUGAUAUUAAGGAUGCUCUUGACAUAGUACUUCGUAAAGCAAAAGUACCUAUUGCAAAAAUUGUUAGCGUCUCAACUGAUGGUGCACCCAGUAUAACAGGUUGUAAAAAUGGAUUGAUAGGUAUUUUAAAAAAUGAUACUGAUUUUCCAGACUUUAUUCCAAUUCAUUGCAUUAUUCAUAGAGAACACCUAAUGGCUAAAUAUUUUAAAUAUGAACAUGUGAUGAGUGUUGUUCUUAAAAUUGUAAACUACAUACGUUCACGUUCAAAGAUACAUCGCCAAUUUAACACGUUCAACACCGACGACAACACGGUGUUGUCACGGUAGGCAGCGCGCUCAUCGCCGAUGACAACACAUUGUUGUCAUGCGAGUAGUUUAUUUUUGAACAGUCUUUUUUCCGUCGGCUUUGUGCAUACACACAUCAUUUUUCUUUAUCCUAUUGGUGAACACUUCAGCUACAUUUUGGUGUACUUGGAUUUAAAAUUGUGUUUAUUUGUCAUAAUUUCAAAUAAAACAAAAAAAGUAAGUUUUUUCUAUAUUAUAUUUAUUUUAUCAUAAUAUUUUAUCAUUAAUAUUUUUGUUAUAUGUUUAUAAUAAAUAAUAUUAAAUCUAACUUUUAUUGAAUUUUUUAAUUGUUUUUUACAGUUCAAAUAUUUAAAAUUAUUAUUAUUAAAAUGGACCUUCCACCUGGCCCAUCGUGUAAAGAUAUAGGGAAUGUAAAAAAAAAAGUUUUGACUGAUGAAGAAUUGUUAAACAUUUUGGAGAAUUCUGACGAAGAUUUAAAUUUUAGUUCAGAAUCAGACCUGGGAGGAGAUUCAGCCGAUGAGGAUUGUGAUCUUCAAUGCAAUGAAAAUCCUUGAGUAGAAAAUGAAAUAGUUAAUAAUAAAGCAAUAUUAAGAACUCAGCCCGUAGAAAGGCAAUCCAACAACUAUAUGUGGGUUGAUGAUCCACCACAUAUAACCAAAGUUCCAUUUUCUAGAGUUGCUGGUUUAAAAACACGACCACCGGGAAAUAACCCAAUUGAUUAUUUUAGUAUGCUUUUUACCGAUGAACUGAUCGAAUUAAUUGUGCAAGAAACUAAUUUAUACGCUGUUGAAAUAUUUUUGGCUUCUUCUGGGAAUUUUACUAGUAAAAUUUCUCAAUGGAAAGAUACUUCUGUAGAAGAAAUGAAAAUAUUUUUAACGUUACUUUUUCACACCGGAAUCAUAAGAACAAACCGUUUAGAAGACUACUGGAAAAAAUGUGAGUUAUUUGAUUUAAAAAUUGUUCGAUCACAUAUGAGUAGAAAUAGAUUCAUGCUAAUUUUGAGAGCUCUACACUUUUCUCAUUCUAAAUCUAAUAAUCGAUUAAAUAAAAUAGAAAAUAUUGUGAACUAUUUCAAUAAGAAAAUGGAAGAAGUGUAUGAACCAAGUAAAAAUUUAGCAUUGGAUGAAUCGAUGGUUCUAUUUCGCGGCAGACUGAUCUUUCGGCAAUAUAUUAAAAACAAACGACAUAAAUAUGAAAUUAAACUAUACAUGCUAACAGAAUAUUUUGGUCUUGUGCACCGAGUAAUGAUAUAUUCAGGGCAAGCAUAUUACAUGACUUUGGAUUGCUGUCACACCAAGUACGUGGUUGAAAAACUCAUGGAAAAACGUUUGUAUAGUGGCCGUUCACUUUACAUAGACAAUUAUUAUAAUAGUGUUAAAUUAGCCCAUAAUCUUUUAAAUAAAGAAACUUAUUGCACUGGGACAUUGAGACAAAAUAGGAAAUAUAAUCCUAAGGACAUUACUUCCGUAAAAUUAAAAGUAGGAGAGAAUGUUGGUAAAUAUACAGAAAAAGGUGUGUGUGUGUCUAAGUGGUGAGAUCGGCGUGAAAUAUUAAUGAUUAGUUCAGAGUUUGAAAAUAAGAUGGUUGAGGUAACAAAUAGGAAAGGACAAACAAAAAUAAACCACUUGCAAUUUCUAAAUAUAAUCAAUAUAUGUCGGGUGUUGAUAAACAAGACCAAAUGAUGUCUUAUUAUCCUUGUGAAAGAAAAACAAUCAGAUGGUAUAAAAAAAUUGUAAUUCAUUUUUUUCAACUUUUUAUGUUAAACUCAUAUUACCUUUUUAUAAAACACGAGAAAAAAAUAACUUUUUAUAAUUACAGACUAUCAGUAAUUUUGAGUUUAUGUGAAUCACAUAAUAUUGUACCUAGUUUGUCAUUAAAAUCUCAAACAAAACCAAUUCAUUUGCCAAAAAAAUUACCAAAAAAUAAAAAAGGUGUGUACUUAAGGAAAAGGUGUAAACUAUGUUAUUCUAAAGGGAAAAAAAGAGUGACUACUAUACAUUUCUGUCCUCAGUGUGGAUGGUGAACCAGCGCUUUGUUUAGAAAAUUGUUUUGAAGAAUUUCAUACAUAAUCAAUUAAUUUUAAUGCAUAUAUUUAUAAACUAAGACUAAAAUUUAAUUUUAUAUUAUUAAUUUAUAAAUAGGAAAUUUUUAAAGAAAAGUGGCUGUAAUUUUAUUUUUGAUUUUAUUAUGUUUUAAUAAAAUAUCUGUGUGUAAAAAUAAAUAAAAUAACAUCUUGUUCAUGGAAUUAUAUUUCGUUAGAAUAUUUAUGGUUUUAAAUUUGCCUGAAAAAAAAUAACAAUAAAACAGUAUAAUGCUGCCUACAUGGCCGGUGACAACACGUCAUUGUCAUACCUUAUCGCGGCGGAAUUUCCAUGUGGCUAUUACAAACAAAAUGAUAAUACGGUAACGGCAUUGAACGUGUUAAAAACUUUAUUGAAAGUUAAGAGGAUGAUAUUCCAAAUGAUGUUUCAUAGUAUUGUUUAGUUCGAUGGUUAUCGGUAAAUAACGUUUUAAUAAAAUUUUUUCGAUUUAUUAGAACCUAUUAAAACAUUUUUAAAAGAAAAAGAUAAAAACUUUCCACAACUUUCAGACCCACAAUGGUUAAGAGAUAUGUCUUUUUGUACUGACGUUGUGCAUCACUUAGCCACAUUAAAUAUGUCUCUUCAAGGUAAAAAUAAAUUCAUAAAUAACCUAGUACAAGACAUUUUUAGUUUCCAAAAUAAGCUUAAACUUUUUCAGAAACUUAAGAAUAAAAAAUUUAAACCAUUUUCCGUACUUAAAAAAAUUUGAGGAUUAUUUGGUUGGAAUAGCAACAAAAUUGAAUUGUGAAGAUUAUGUACAAAAAUUAGAGUGUUUAUCAACUCACUUUGAAGAUCGAUUUGGCGGUUUGGCCACCCCUGUUAUAUUAUAUUAUUUCUAUCAGAGUUUUAUAAGUAAUUAAAAUACAGACAUCCAAUAAAUAAGAUAUAUUGGUUUGAAGUCAUAUGAGGUGUAAACAGAUUUAUAAAAACUAUAUUUUUUAAAACUUAAAUUAUCUCCAAAUAGAACAUUUGUGGGAUAGUUACUUUCUGCCCAACUCCAUUCAUUUGGUAUAUCUUAUUGUAUUUUUUUUUUUUUUAUUUAUCUUCAUAUUUUAUAUAUUUUUAUAGAUUUAUUACUACAUAUACUGUAUAUUAUAAAAAUGUAAAUCUCGUGUAUAAUUAUGAUAAUAAUGUUGGAACUAAGAAAAAUAAACCAAGGUUUACUACAGCAAAUUUUAAAUAAAGAAGUUCGUCAGGUAUUUAACUAAUAGAAGCUAACUGUUGUACUUAAAAAUAUUUAAGAGUAAUUAAUUAUUACAAAACAUAUGAUGGUAAACACACGAUGGCUCAAGCAGUAAUUGCCACAGAUAAAAUGGAAUUUAAAAAUAUAAAACUUACAUGUAGCAAAAAAUUAAUAUGUAUCAAUAAAAAUCAAUUUCUAACAAGUAUAGCAAAUAAUUUAAUACAAAGACUUCUUGAAAAUUAAAGUGAAAAUAAAAUGAUUUUAGAAAACAUUUCAGUUUUAAAAAAGUCAACAUGGCCUAAUGAAGUAGAUUCGAUAAGAGUAUAUAAAAAAAAAUAUAUAUAAUCGAUUUUUAUGAAACCAGAACAAAGAAAUUAAUAGUAUGAAGAAACUAAUUGACAGUCCAACUAUUUCCCCGAAAAAGUGAUGCCAACAUUUUAUAAUUAUAAGUAUAAUAUGUAUAGGUACCUAUCUGUUUUUUUUUAAAUUCAUUAUAAAAUAAUUUUAUUGAUAAUUUUGUACUUAAUAUUUAUAAAAUAUGUCUACCAAUGCAAAUGACAAUAUUAAAUUAUAAAAUAACAAUUAAUGUUAGUACCAACUUGUUGAAUUGUUUAUUUUAUAACAAUUAAAAUAAAGUCUAACAGAAAACUAACAAAUUUCCUCAAUUUAGUCAUUACAUAAUAAUAUAAUAACUGUGAACAUUAGUUUUUAUUAAAAAACAAACAAAAUUUUAAAUCCUAACAAAGUUAGGUAAAAAUAAUGAUUUCAUGUUACUAUAGUUAGUUACAAUAUUAGUAAAAUUUAAAUAAAUACAAAAUAGUUCAUGAUUAUAACGACGUGAUCAAUACUAUGGUGAUAUAUAUUUAUAUAAAAAAUUUAAAUAAGACAACCGAAGUAUUUACUAUUUCAUAAAUUAUUCAAGUAUACUGCACACUGCUAAGGAAAAGUGCGGUUUAAAAAUCUAUACAUUUUUAUUAAUUUCGCAAGAAAUUCGCAAGAAUUUAUUCAUGACCCUGAUAUAUCACCGCGAUUCCUUCCACUCCUGGAAAGAAAAUGAAUAGAUAAUUUUAUUAUUAUAAAUUUAUAUUAUAAUACUUAUAUAAAAAAUAAUAAUAUGAUAAAAUAUACAUUAUAAUGUAGAUUCAAUGGAAAUAUUCGAUGAAGAAGCUUUUCUUCUACAACUACAACAAGGUAAUAUAUAUAUAAAUUUUAUUAGGUUAGCUAGAUUUUUUUUAUAAACAAACCUGAAUUUUUUAUUGCCUAUGCAUAUAAUAGAGAUCAAGUUCAAAAAAAAAAUCUCAUUUACUCAACUUAGACACAAAGAAUGCGACGUUUGUGAGUCUCAAAAUUCAAGAACAUUCCAAAGACCAAAUGGUACCUAAUUUUAUUGUAUGUGCGACUUAUUUAACCCACAUAAAAAAGCUAAUACUGCUGGAGUGUUAUGUCAAGAACAGGCCAAAAUUAACUGUUACAACAAAGAGAAUUCUAUUUAUUUUUCAGUUGAUUUGCAAAAAAUAAAAAUGCUAUCAAGGUUGGACACAUUUAAAAAAGUUUUAUUCAUUAAGUGAAUUGUUGCAUACCAUGAAAGUUUUAUACCUCAAGGGAAAAAAGGUAACUUACAGCCAUUUGCGUGUGUAUGGCAUGAAAAAAUAAGUGGUCACAAGAAAGAAGAUUUAAUUCGCACUUUUUUAAUUUUUUAACUCAUUAUCGUGAUGCUAAUAGAAUCACAAUUUGGUUAGAUAACUGUAGUAGCUAAAAUAAAAAUUGAUGUUUGCUAUCAUUUUUAGUUUAUAUAAUAAAUUCUGAUCAAAUUCCUGCAAAUGAAAUGAAAUUUUUUUAAAGCUGGUCAUACAUUGAUGUCUGCAGAUAGUUUUCACCGUCAAGUAGAACAAUCUCUUAAGCACCAAAAGAAAACUUACAAUUUUGAUGAUUUUAUUAAAGCUGUGGGAUCUGCAAACAAAUCGAGAGAUGUGAAAAUAAUGAAUAAUUUUGGUUUUUAUUUAUGGAUAAAUUAUAAAUCUCAACAAAAAAUAGGCAAGUCAACAAACCACAUGUUAUUAAAAGACAUUGUAUGUAUAAAAGCAGUUAAAGAUAAAUUUAUUUUGUGCAUACAAUUUGAUUUUGAAGAAGAAUGUUCAGAGGUUGACUUUUUAAAAAAAAAUAUAAUGACAAUAUCUGAAAUGGUUGCACCUCAACCAUUAAAUGGACUUUGUGGCAAUCCUGUGAAAAAAGAAAUGAUAUUCUGA